ACCACCCCCAUGAGUUAGACUUUUUUUUUGUUAUUGGUACCUGGACGUGAACACUUGGAGCUGAGAGAUCCGAUGGCGGACAAGAAGAAAUACAAGAAAACCAAAGAGGAAAUCCGGCGGGAGAUCGCGAGGGAGUUCGAUCUCCCGGAGCGCAAGUCCAAGAUAGCCACAAUACUCAAACAGGAGGACCAGGCCUACUGCAUCUGCCGGACCUCUGACUGCUCCAGGUUCAUGAUAGGCUGCGAUGGCUGUGAGGAAUGGUACCACGGAGAUUGCAUUGGCAUCACGGAGAAGGAGGCCAAGCACAUCAAACAGUACUACUGCCGGCGCUGCAAGAAGGAAAACCCCGAGCUCCAAACCAUAUUCCGUCUGGUGGCCACUGAACGGGCCGCCGCCUCCAAUGCCGCCUCUACGAGUCUAAACGCCCCGGGCGGAGCGGGUCCAUCAGGGGCUCCGCCCGGCGGCGGUGGUGGCCCUGGUGGAACUAACGCCCUGCCUCCGCCUCCAACGCCGGCGGCGAUAAAGCGGAAAAACAGCAACGCCCGCGAACCGAAGAUGGGGAGGCGAUGUGGCACUUGUGAGGGCUGCCGCCGGCCCAAUUGCAACCAGUGCGACGCCUGUAGAAUACGGGUGGGGCACAAGCCGCGCUGCAUUUACCGCACCUGCGUCGCCCAGGCGGCUGCCGAGGCGCAGCCCACUACCUCGGGUCCUGGCCGGAAGAGGGAAAAGGCCGGUGCGGCCGCUGCGAAGGAUCGCAAGCUGAACGGCGUAAGCGGUCCAAGACCAGCUAGCCCGGAGGUGUUCAUCAACCCAGAGCUGGAGGGUAUGCGCCAGUGCCACGGACCCGGCUGUUGCUGCCAGGCGCGACCCCAGAGCAAAUACUGCAGCGACAAGUGCGGCUUCAAUCUGGCCACGAAUCGCAUCUUUCAGGUCCUACCUCAGCGUCUGCAGGAAUGGAACCUAACGCCCUGCCACGCAGCCGAGGCGAAUCGAAAGCAGCUAGACCAGAUCCGCCAGAAGCAGUCCAUGGUGCGCUUCGCGCUGGCCGAACUGGAAAAGCGCUCCGAGGAGCUCAACAUGGUUGUGGACCGCGCCAAGCGCAGCUCCAUCGACACCCAGCGACCGCACGACAGUGCUGAUGGCGGAGAGGACGAGCAGAGCAUGUACUGUAUCACCUGCGGCCACGAGAUCCACUCGCGCACGGCCAUCAAACACAUGGAGAAGUGCUUCAACAAGUACGAGUCGCAGGCCAGUUUCGGCAGCAUCUUCCAGACCAGGAUGGAGGGCAACAACAUGUUCUGCGACUUCUACAACCAGGCAAGCAAGACGUACUGCAAGCGCCUGCGGGUCCUGUGUCCCGAGCACAGCAAGGACCCCAAAGUUCUCGACACGGACGUGUGUGGCUCGCCGCUGGUGAACAAUGUGUUCAAUCCCACGGGUGAGUUUUGUCGGGCGCCCAAAAAGAACUGUUUCAAGCACUACGCCUGGGAGAAGAUACGCCGGGCGGAGAUCGACUUGGAGAGGGUGCGGCAGUGGCUGAAGAUGGACGACCUGAUGGAGCAGGAGCGGAUGCUGCGGCAGCAACUGACCUCGCGAGCAAACCUUUUAGGAUUGAUGCUGCAUUCCACGUACAACCACGAGGUGAUGGACGAGCUGGUGCGCAAGCAGCAGGAGCAUCUGGCGGAGUUCGAGAAGCAGAAACGGCGGCAGCAGCACCAGCAGCAGCUGCAGGCCCAGCAGGCAGCAUUCCAGGAAAAGCAACAGCAGUUGCAGAAACAGCAACAGCAGCAGCAGCAGCAACUGUUGCAGAAACAGCAACAACAGCAGCAGCAACUGCAGCAGCAGCAGAAACAGCAGCAACAGCAACAGCAGCAACAGCAACAGCAGCAACAACCACAACAACAACAAGUACUACUAAAGCCACAACAGCAACCUCAACAGCAGCAGAUCGUGCAACAGCAACACCUGCUGCAGCCACUCAAACCGCAACCACCUUUGAAGCCUCAAACGCCACUCAUCUUCCAGCGAAAGUCAUAGAUUUCCAUUCCUUUAAACUAAGUAAGAAUAACAGAAACAGAAACAGAAACAGAAAGAGAAAGAGAAAACCGCAAACAAAGCCGAAAACAAAACAAAUCAUAAACAAAACAAUAAACUGACAUGCAAGAAACCCUUUUGUGCGAGAAUCCUGACAUGUUUUCACUCCCUCGCGUAUGAAACUAGUCGCGUUUGGUGUCGCGUUUCUCUGGGCAACCGGAUAACACAAUUGCCGGCUGUCGGUGUUCCCGGAACACAAGUACAUCGUGGAGGAACAAAGGUUGCCAAGCGCCUGAGUCGGAAUCGGAGUCGGAGUCGGAGUCGGGCCACAGGGAAUGGUUGUGUUUGUUAUUGAAAACUAAGCAUCAAAUAUGCAUUUAUUGAUAGCAACCUGCCCAUAAAAAGGAAAGCUGCCUUUUUGGGCGAGAACGACAGCGAAUAUCAUGUACUAUUUUAGAUAAUUCUAAUUAUUGAACGAAAUUGAUAAUAUAAGAUAUUAUUAUUACUGUUAGUUAUUUAUUUUUACAA